AUGAUUGAUACGAGAUUAUCGAGGAAACAAAAUGAAAGUACAUUUUUGACAGACUUUGUUAAUGGGAGGCAUUUAAAAAUCGCUACAUUUAAUAACUAUCCAUUAAGUUGGACAGAGAGAACAGAUAAUGGUACUAUUAUUGGACAUGGCGUCGCAUUCGAGGUGGUUAACGUUUUGCAAGAGAAGUUUAACUUUACAUACGAAGUGGUUUUACCCGAGAAGAACUUCAUAAUGAAUAAUGGCCGGCCUGAGGAGAGUUUGAUUGGUCUCAUCAACAGUAGUAAGGUGGAUAUGGCCGCAGCAUUUAUUCCAAUCCUGACUACGUACGAAGCCAUGGCAAAAUUCUCGACCGUUCUUAAUGAGGGUGUUUGGAUGAUGAUGCUCAAACGCCCAAAGGAAUCUGCGGCCGGCUCUGGUCUCUUGGCACCGUUUGAUGAAUAUGUUUGGUAUUUGAUACUGGCUGCUGUGCUGGCAUACGGGCCUUGUGUAACACUCCUCACGUAUAUACGCAACAAAUUGAUUCCGGACGAGGAGAAAUAUAUUCCACUAUCACCUAGCGUUUGGUUCGUGUACGGAGCCUUCAUAAAACAAGGAACAACUCUUUCCCCAGAGGCAAACACAACGAGAAUUUUGUUUGCAACAUGGUGGCUGUUUGUGAUUCUUCUUUCUGCGUUCUACACGGCCAACCUCACUGCUUUCCUGACGCUCUCCAAGUUCACCUUAGAGAUUGAGAGGCCAGAAGACUUGUUUAAGAAGAACGUCCGCUGGCUAUCUUUGGAGGGUGGGGCUGUACAGAAUGCUAUUAAAAAUCCAGAUGACACCUUGCAUUACAUGAACCAAAUGAUUCUGCACGGUCGAGUUCUAUUCCGCUCUGCAAACGAUGACGAGGAGUAUCUUUCAUACGUUUCUGAUGGCACUGUCCUCGUCAACGACAUGACUGCGAUAGACUACAUGAUGUACAACGACUACUUAAAGAAAACUCGUCAGGACGUCGCCGAAUCUCAGCGCUGUACGUACGUGGUCGCGCCGUAUUCAUUCAUGGUGAAACGAAGAGCGUUCGCGUUUCCAACCAAUACAACAUUGGACACAUUAUUCAAUCCUGUGUUCGCUCAGCUAAUUCACGGUGGAAUUUUGGGGUACUUGGAGCGUUUGGGUUUGCCAGACACAAAGAUAUGUCCGCUAGACCUGCAGUCGAAAGAUCGUCAGUUAAGGAACAGCGACCUCUUGAUGACUUAUUUUAUCAUGAUAGCCGGAUUGGCUGCAGCAUUAGCAGUCUUCAUUGGAGAGAUAAUCAUCAAACGAAAAUUGAUUUUCAAAAACCAAAAACAACCGAAAACUUCAAGAAGCAAGAAAAAGAAAAAGCCGUAUUUCGACGACAGCCGCCCGCCGCCUUACGAGUCCCUAUUUGGCGGCGUUAAAAAGGACAUGAUUAAAAAGAUUAUAAAUGGUAGAGAAUAUUGGGUUGUUAACAAGGCAAAUGGUGAGACGCGACUUAUACCAGUACGGACGCCAUCUGCACUGCUAUACCGAUGAAAUAAUUACUUUAGCUAAAUGAUGUAGAUCCCAGUUCAAUAUAGUAAGUGCCAUAGAUAUCUCUCUCAGAGCGCCAUUUGUCCGAAGCGGUAGUAGUAUCUAGUAUAAGUGGCGUAGCGUGCCUUGGCACCAGCAUAAAUUUUCUUUGGGAGCCCUCAUAAAAGAUUUCUCACAAAAGAAAAAAACAAUGUUUGCAUAAAAUUAAAAGAUAUAUUUAUUCAUCAUAAUUAUCUAUCUGGCACAUUUUCCAAAUAAUUCAAACGAAAUAUACACUCUCCUUGCCUUUCUUCGGCAAACUGAUAAAAUAUUAAACUUUAAUUAUUAUUAAAAUUAAUUAGACUUUAGUUAUUCUAAAGUUUCUGCCUGCAACAGUGAAAUCCCGAAGCCCGCGAUAACCGAUGUGUGUGUUGCCAAUUUUUGAACGCACGCUUUACGCGGGAAUAAAAGAAAUUGCUAUGGACUAUUGCCAUUUAUGAAAUAAAAAAAAAUUGGGAAAUGUUUAUAAAGUUUUUUUAACGCAUGUUGGGGGCCCCCUUAUAAUUGAUACGGCAGACGGCGGUAGCUACGCCCCUGUCUAGUUUAUUAAAAAUAACAUCAAAACGAGAAAAUAAACGCCUAUUGCCUUUAAUAGAAAUUUUAUAAACGCUUAUUUAUUUUGGUACGACUGCAAUCAUUUUCACUAACCAAUUCAUAAUCUGGUCCCUUUCCUGUACAAUUUUUUGGAAAGAUAACAAAUUGAUUAAUAAAAAUUAUGCUGGCAAUAUUAUAGAAAUAUUGCUUCAUAGUUAAAAUUUAUUUUGU